AGACCUUUCUCUCUCUCUCUCUCUCUCUCUCUCUCUAUAUAUAUAUAUAUAUAUAUUCUCUCUCACACCUCACUCCUCUUUGAAGCCGCCUGCCCCUGCCCAACGACGACGACGGUGAUUCGCUGCCCAGCGAUUUGACGACGACGGAGACGACAGCAUCUUCUCCCCCACUCGCUGACGACGACGGCCAUUUCCUCCCUAAGUUGCCGACGGCAUCUUCAUCAACGACGGAAGCGACAUAGCUCCUCCCUCUCUAGCGAAGACACAUCUUCUUCCUCGCAAACGGCACUAACUCAGGCACGGCUUGCCUCCUUCUCCUUCUCCGAUUCAGCCCUCCCUCCAGGAGUCUUAACAUCAUAAAAGGAUGAAGCAUAUUGUAAAGAUCAUAACACUUUUGGUAACCAUUUCUGCUUUAUGGAUUGGUCUGUUACAGGCAGCUAUUCUUCCUCGUAGCUAUACUUGGUUGCCACCUAUCUAUUUUAUUGUCUCUCUGGGAUGCUAUGGUCUGUUAAUGGUUGGAGUUGGUCUUAUGCAAUUUCCAAUUUGUCCUCAAGAGGCUUUACUACUCCAGCAGGACAUAGUUGAGGCCAAAGAGUUUCUGAAGCAAAGAAAUGUUGAUGUGGGUGAUUCUCAAUGACUUCAUUGAGAACUUCAAUUUUUGUUUUACCAAUUUUGUACAAACCAAAAUGAUCCAAAAGAAAUAAGGCAUAUUCUUUUAUAACUUUACUUGAUGAAUUUACAAGAGAAAAGAUGUUUAUUGGAUAAUUGACAAGUCUUUUGAUUUAUUGUGAUUAGUACAAGAGAGUUUUUGUAAUUUUGUAAUUUUGUAAUUUUAUAUUAAUUAGUUUUGUUUUGCUGAAAAAUUAUAUGAAUUAGUUUGGUUUG